AUGCUGACAGCUUUACAGCUUAAUGAUCCGUCACUCCUCCAUGAAGCAUCUUUGCUGAAUGGAGAAUGGGUUCAAGCCAGUUCAGGCAAAACAUUUGAUGUUGAGGAUCCUGGCUCAAGCCAAAUUUUUGCCGCCUGUCCUACAAACGAGGUCGCUGAUGUGGACAAAUACGUAGUGUCUUCUCAGAAGGCGUUUGAGAGUUAUCGCCAUGUGAAUCCAAGAGUACGAGCAAAGAUUCUCCUGAAAUGGCACGACCUCAUUACAGCCGCCCGGGAGGAUAUCGCCAAAAUCAUGGUUUACGAGACCGGCAAGCCUAUGGCAGAGGCAUUGGGCGAGGUAGACUACGCUCUUGGCUUCGCUUGGUGGUUUGCUGGAGAAGCAGAGCGAAUUCGAGGCUCUGUCGCCCAGCCCUCUGUCUCGGACCGUCGGACGUUCGUCAUUAAACAGCCUAUCGGUGUCAGUGUGGCCCUUGUUCCUUGGAAUUUUCCGGUCGCGAUGAUCAUUCGCAAAGUCGCCGCCGCGCUCGCUGCUGGCUGUUCAAUGGUUGUCAAGCCAUCACCUGAGACUCCUCUGAGCGUGAAUGCCCUUGGCGACCUUGCCCUUCGAGCUGGACUUCCUGCUGGUGUCCUCAAUAUCAUCUCCACCGAUAAUGAAAACACUCCAUCUGUCAGUGAAAGGCUUUGCAAGCAUCCGCUUGUUCGAAAGGUGACCUUUACUGGGAGCACCCGUGUAGGCAGUAUCGUGGCCAAACACUGCAGCGAGGGUCUCAAGAAGGUCACGAUGGAGCUCGGGGGCAAUUGUCCAUUCAUUGUCUUUGAUGAUGGUGACCUUGAACAAGCAGUGGCUGCUUUAAUGAUCCUAAAGUGGCGGACUGCUGGCCAAGCAUGCACACACGCAAACCGCGUAUACGUUCAAAACGGUGUCUACGACAAGUUCGCGCAGAUGAUGUUGGAAGCAACGCAAAAGAUCAAGGUGGGACACGGAUCUGAUCCAAGCACCACAAUGGGCCCUCUCACGACCAGUCGUGGUGUUGAGAAGCUGGAGCGCCAUGUCGCAGACGCUGUCAAACAUGGCGGCAAGGUUCUCUGCGGUGGAAAGAAGCCCGCUGGAUUGAGUGGUUACUUCUUUGAGCCUACCAUCAUUUCCGGCAUGACUUCAGAAAUGCUCAGCACCAGGGAAGAGAUCUUCGGCCCUCUCUUGGGACUGUAUCGGUUCGAGACAGAGGAAGAGGCUGUGAGAAUGGCCAACGAUACUUCUAUGGGCCUGGCCUCUUACUUUUUCACAAGUAAUGUGGAUCGAACUUGGAGGUUGCUGGAAAGCCUUGAGGCUGGUAUGAUUGGCAUGAACACCGGUAACUCGUCUGCAGCAGAGUCGCCUUUUGGAGGAAUCAAAGAGUCAGGUUAUGGAAAGGAGGCUGGCAAGGAUGUCGCUAUCGAAGAGUACUUGGUUUCAAAAACGGGGACUUUAACUGUUACCAGCUUAGUCUAA